CGCUUCUGCACCGCAAUGCAUGCUGGGUAAUGUCAAAGUGGCUCUCGUGUACGGAACGUCUAGGCGACGUUUUCACUUCUGAUUGACUUUGCAAAACAAAUCUUAGUUUUUUCCAAACUUGUGUGGUGGUGGUUGAAAUAGUCCACAAAAUGGCUUCUACCGCGGCUGGAAAGCAGCGAAUCCCGAAAGUGGCGAAGGUGAAGAAUAAAGCUCCCGCUGAGGUCCAGAUCACAGCCGAACAGCUUCUUCGAGAAGCUAAAGAGAGAGAACUCGAACUUCUCCCGCCGCCACCAAAACAAAAGAUUACCGAUAAAGAAGAACUUAAUGAUUACAAGUUAAGGAAGAGAAAGGCAUUUGAGGACAACAUCCGGAAGAAUCGCACUAUCAUCAGUAACUGGAUCAAAUACGCACAAUGGGAGGAAAGCUUGACAGAAAUUCAGAGGGCUCGCUCCAUUUACGAGCGAGCGCUGGAUGUGGACCACCGCAACGUCACACUGUGGCUCAAGUAUGCCGAGAUGGAGAUGAAGAGUCGCCAGGUGAACCACGCUCGCAACAUCUGGGACAGAGCUAUCACCAUCCUGCCCCGCGUCAACCAGUUCUGGUACAAGUACACCUACAUGGAGGAGAUGCUGGGCAACGUGGCAGGCUGCAGGCAGACGUUUGAGCGCUGGAUGGAGUGGGAGCCGGAUGAACAGGCGUGGCAUUCUUUCAUCAACUUCGAGCUGCGCUACAAGGAAGUGGACAAAGCUCGCAGCAUCUAUGAGAGAUUCGUCAUGGUUCACCCUGAGGUGAAGAACUGGAUCAAGUACGCUCGUUUUGAGGAUAAGCAUGGCUACAUUGCUCACAGCAGGAAGGUGUUGGAGCGGGCGGUGGAGUUCUUUGGAGAGGAGCAUGUAGACGAGAACCUCUUUGUAGCCUUUGCCAGGUUUGAGGAAACUCAAAAGGAGUUUGAGCGGGUCCGCGUGAUCUACAAAUACGCUUUGGACAGGAUCCCUAAGCAGCAGGCCCAGGAGCUCUUUAAGAACUACACCAUGUUUGAAAAGAAAUUUGGAGACCGGCGGGGAAUUGAGGACGUCAUUGUCAGCAAGAGAAGGUUUCAGUACGAGGAGGAAGUUAAGGCUAACCCACACAACUACGAUGCCUGGUUCGAUUAUCUCCGUCUGGUGGAGAGCGACGCGGAUCCCGACACGGUGCGAGAGGUUUAUGAGCGUGCCAUCGCCAAUGUCCCACCCAUCCAGGAGAAGAGGCACUGGAGACGUUACAUCUACUUGUGGAUCAACUAUGCUUUGUAUGAAGAGUUGGAGGUCCUGGACGUUGACAGGACGAGGCAGGUGUACCAGGCUUGUUUGGAUCUGAUCCCUCACAAAAAAUUCACCUUUGCUAAGAUUUGGCUGCUCUACGGUCAGUUUGAGAUACGACAAAAAAACCUGCAGGGUGCGAGGAAGGUCAUGGGCACAGCGAUCGGGAAAUGUCCAAAAAACAAACUUCUGAAAGGCUACAUCGAGUUGGAGCUGCAGCUGCGAGAGUUUGACCGCUGCAGAAAGCUCUACGAGAAAUACCUGGAGUUCAGUCCCGAGAACUGCACCACUUGGAUCAAAUUUGCAGAGCUGGAGACCAUUCUGGGGGACGUAGGCCGCGCCCGUGCUAUUUUUGAGCUGGCUAUUGGACAACUGCGACUUGACAUGCCCGAGGUGCUGUGGAAGUCUUACAUCGACUUUGAGAUAGAGCAGGAGGAGUUUGACAACACAAGGAACCUCUACAAAAGACUUCUGCAGCGCACCCAGCAUGUUAAGGUCUGGAUCAGCUACGCCAAGUUCGAGCUGUCAGUAGAAAGCAGUGACAGGCUGCAGAAGUGCCGUCAGAUCUUUGAGGAGGCCAACAAGGGCAUGAGGAGCUGCGAGGAGAAGGAGGAGCGGCUCAUGCUGCUCGAGUCCUGGAAGGACUUUGAGGCUGAGUUUGGUUCCGACAGCAGCAUAGAGCGAGUUUACAAGCUGCUGCCUGAGAAGGUGAAGAAGAGGAGGAAGCUGACUGCCGAGGACGGGUCUGACGCUGGCUGGGAGGAAUAUUAUGACUACAUCUUCCCCGAAGACGCCGCCAACCAGCCCAACCUCAAGCUGCUGGCCAUGGCCAAGAUGUGGAAGAAACAGCAGCAGCUGGCCACAGAAGAGACUGUGAGGCUCAACGAGGCUUCAGAAGAUGUCCCAGAGGACUCUGAGGGGAACAAAGUAAGUGAAGCCGAGAACACAAAUGAUGACAGAGAUGACAGCAGCAGCAGUAGUAGCAGUAGUAGCAGCAGCAGCAGUAGUAGUAGCAGCAGCAGCAGCGAGGACGAGCAUGAUGAUGGAGACAAGGACAACAAGAAGGACAACGACAAGGACAACAACAAACACAACGACAAUGACAACAAUGAAGCUCAAGAUUAGAUUAACAAUUAUCAUUACACAAGGACAUCUUUUUUUAACAAAACUUUAUUUAGAAUUUACAGUAAAUACAGUUUUAAGAAUUUGUGCUUUCACGCUGUGGCUCUUUGAUGUUCAGAAGUGUGAGUGUCAUAGAGCCACAAGGAUCGUUAUUCGAUGUCCUCGGGCCUUACAGGAUGUGGCAAUGGAAUGAUGGACUUCUUCUCCAUAUCUCUGGACAAAGCUUUCCUCAUGUCUGCACACAUGGGCAUCACAUAUCUGUCUCAUGUCCAACAUCACAAAGACAAAAUCAGCAGGCGUCUUACCGUAAGCAUCCUCGUCUGGUUCACCGUUGCUGGCCGAGUAAUACUCGAUGACGGUCCUGUAGACACUGUAACCCAGACGCUUGUACAUGUUGACCGCCACCUGGUUGGAUACUCGCACAAACAGAUCUACGAAGAAGCCACCUUUCCUGAUGGACAGGACCAGCAGCUCAUUGAAAGAAACUGUUUGUAUUUUUGAUGAAAAUAAAGUAAAAUGUUUGUGGAA